AGUUUACAGCUCAACAACACAACAGGCAGCUGCUUGCAGCAGUUUGAAGAAGCCCAGGACACACUGAGAGAGAUGUUAACGCUCACUGCCACCAUGAGAACUAUUCGGAAGGAGUAUGAACCUUACCUGGAGGAGAGUGCCCCCCGCUGGCAGCAGCAACUCGAGGAGAAAACACAGGCUUCUCUGGGGAAGAGGAUGGAGGAGUAUUUGAGGUCAUGUCUAAAGAACACAGAGGAACGAGUGACAAAGUCUUCUGCAGAUCGACCUUUACAUUCACAAGGCCCUACCGCAAUGUCACAAAAAAUGGCUGCACCGCCAAAGCACUACAGCCAAAACCACCACAUGAACUACAACAAAGAUGGCUCCCCUCGUCUCCCUUACAUGCAGUCUUCCCGGCAGACCCACCCUCAAUCCCAGACGGCUACGUUUCCUAUCAGAGCACCCUGUCAACCUCAGGGUUCCUCUCAAGACCCUCGAUCUUUCCUCCCACAUCCUCACUCAGUGCAGCUCCACCACCCGGCCUCCACACCCGGUCAUCAUCACCCCAGGCAAAAUCCAGCAGGCUGGGCUUCCCUGCAGCCCGACUACCCCUGGUCCAUUGCUGCUGGUGCGGCUGGGAUCACUUCAUGCUCUCAGGCUCUGUUGGGUCAGCUCUACACGGAGGAGCCUCCUCCUGAGAUGGGGGUGGCACAGGAGGAGGCUGACACCAGCGAAGCACCAAGAAGCUCAAAGGGAGAGCGAGAUGGAGGAGGCAGGAGAAGUCAUUUGUCCCAGGAGCUGGACAUCAAGCCAGUCCGGCUGUCUGGUGGCCAUGUAGAGAGCAGCGGGAGCAGCAGGAAGUCCAGUGAGGUCAGCAGAGAGAAGAAGAAGAAGAGAGGCACAUCACAGCGUUCCUCCUCAGACAGAGAAAGCUGCAGCUCUCAGGAGUCGUCUGGGACUUCCAGUGCCAUUGUCAUUGCUGCAGCCGCAGUGGUCCAAAGCUCAGAAAGUGACGCCUCAUCAGACAAAGGCAGAACCAGCACGAGAACGAGGAGAAGUGGGGGUCUUGCUGUUGGAUCACCAAGGGCUGAGAAGGUGGCAAAGGGAAGCAAGGGAGGUGACUCAGGGAGUCACAAAGAGGAGAGUCAGUCUACUAGUGAGGAAGUAAGAAAUCUAAUUGAGGAAUCCAAAAGUGAAAAAGCAGGUAAUCCUGACGAUAAAUCAGAGAGCUGUGCAGAGGAGUCUGGAUCCCAGAGGGAGGAGGAAUCAGGAAGUGCAAGUAUAAAAUUGAUAACGAAGGUGGAGAUGAAAUAGACAAGCAGGAGAGCAGCAGCUCUGAACAAAGCAGUGUAGGAGAAAGGGAUGAGGACGAUCCAGGAGACGGAGACGGAGAAGAAAAUGAUGGUGAUGCUGAAGAAAAAGAGAGCAAUCGGACAGAUGAAGAGGAAGAGAGAGAC